CCCAAGAGAUGGAGAAUCUAAUGAAGUUGACCAUACUUGACUUGGCUACUAACCGAUUUUCUGGUUAUUUGCCUCGAGAUAUAUGUAGAGGUGGAUUGCUACAAAGGUUUAGUGCAGAAAACAACGAAUUUUCAGGUCCAAUCCCGAAAAGCUUGAAAGGUUGCAAGAGCUUAGUCAGAGUCCGUCUUGAAGGGAACCAGUUUACAAGCAAUAUAUCUGAAGACUUUGGUGUCUAUCCUAAUCUUCAGUUUGUAGACCUAAGCGACAACAACAUGUAUGGUGAAAUCUCAGACAUCUGGGGACAGUGCCCAAACUUAACAACUCUAAUAUUUGCCGGGAACAACCUUACUGGUAGCAUACCAUCUAAGAUUGCCAAUGCAACGAAACUUCAAGAACUUGAUUUUUCUUUGAAUCAUCUGGUUGGGGUGGUUCCCAAGGAUUUGGGGAGAUUGGCUUCGAUGGUGAGCCUAAAACUGAAUGGCAAUAAACUUUUGGGUUCUAUACCCUCUGAAUUUGGAGCAUUUACUGAACUCGAAUAUCUUGACGUGUCAACCAACAAGCUGAACGGCUCAAUUCCAAGCACUUUUGGUGAAUUGGUCAGUUUAAACUACUUGAAUUUGAGCAACAACAAUUUCAGUCAAGAAAUUCCAUUUCAGUUGGGGCAGUUAUUUCACCUGUCACAAUUAGAUUUAAGUCAUAACUCACUUGAAGGUAAGAUACCAUCAGAAAUGAGCAAUAUGCAGAGCUUGGAGCAACUGAAUCUUUCCCACAAUAAUCUUUCCGGUCUCAUUCCAGCAACAUUUGAUGGAAUGCGCGGCUUGCUGUACGUAGAUGUAUCCUACAAUCACUUGCAGGGUCCCAUCCCCAACAACAAAGCAUUUCAAGAUGCCCACAGCUUUGAAGGGAAUGUAGGGUUGUGUGGAAAUGUUGUAGGACUACAAUCCUGCAAUAAGCACGUCUCAAAAAGAAAAAACAACAGAAAACUCGUGUUUGCAAUUGUUUUCCCUAUCUUGGGAGUAGUUUUACUUGCCUUCUUUGCAAUUGUCUUCAUUAAAACAAGAAGAAAGAAAGAGCCAGAAACGGACAAGAGCGAUAUCCAUGAUGAAGAAGAAGUUUUUUCAAUCUCUCUUUUUGAUGGAAAAAAAUUGUAUUCGGAGAUCAUAAGAGCAACCGAUGGUUUUAACUCCAUAUAUUGUAUUGGGAAGGGAGGAUCUGGAAGUGUCUACAAGGCAAAGCUACCAUCAGGCAGCAUAGUUGCAGUGAAGAAACUCCAUCAAAAACUUGACAGGGAGGAGACAUCACAGGAGUUCCACAAUGAAAUAAGUGCACUAAUCAAUAUACGACAUCGAAAUAUUGUGAAACUUUGUGGUUUCUGUUCAAAUUCACAGCACUCCUUUCUGGUCUAUGAGUAUCUUGACAAGGGUAGUCUGGCUUCAAUCUUGAGCAAAGAAGACGAAGCAAAAAAAUUGGAUUGGAGUACAAGGGUGAGAAUUGUAAAAGGCGUAGCUCAUGCACUGUCUUACAUGCAUCAUGAUUGCGUGCCACCAAUUGUACAUCGGGACAUAUCAAGCAGCAACAUUUUGCUGGAUUACGACUACGAGCCUUGUGUUUCGGACUUCGGCACUGCUAAGCUUUUGAAUCCAGACUCAUCGAAUUGGAGCUCUCUUGCAGGCACAUACGGAUAUGUAGCACCAGAGUUGGCGUACACAAUGAAGGUAACUGAGAAAUGUGACGUUUAUAGCUUCGGAGUGCUGGCACUGGAAGUGAUCAUGGGAAAGCGACUAGGCGAUUUAAUCUCGUCCUUUUCAUCUCCAUCCGUGUGUGAAAACAAAUUGUUGAAGGAUGUAUUGGACCAACGGCUUCCACCUCCUACACCUGAAGUUGAAGAUGAACUGACAACCAUUGCAAGUGUAGCAAUCGCAUGCAGGCAUUCGCAACCACAAUCUAGGCCAACAAUGCACAUGGUUUCUCAAUUGUUAUCAUUACAAAUUGCAACUUCCACUGGAGGACCAAGCAUCACACUUGAACAACUCAUUAAGAUUUGAAUUGCGUUUGACAUUGUUUGAGUUGGCACGAAAGUCGGAUGGGCUUGUUUAAUUAUAUCAAUAUAUCUAUAUUGUUCUUCCUACUUAGUAAAAUAAGGUUUUUUUGUUGUUGUUGCUGCUGUAAUAUAUGUAUGUUGUUCUUCAGCCAAGAUUAAGUACAAUCUUCAAUUAAUUACAAUCUUUUUUUAUUGCAGAAUCAACUGGAUUGAGUUGACUAUAAUUUAUUUUUUGUAGUUGAGUUAACUAUUACUUGAUUGAAGCCAUAUGGUACUCUGUUAUAAUUGCAGGUAAAUUAACAAGAAGAGGAGUGCUAGUUGGACUCGCUCCUAAAACCUCGUUUGGUAGCUCGGAUUGUAUUGACUAUUAAAUUAGUGAGACGUUUGGUGCUUUAUCAGACUAAAAACUGACCAUUUAAUAUUGUGUUUGAUAUAAGAGAUUAUUCGAAUUGUUAUUAUUUUAUGUGAAUGAUUACAAAAAUUGUGGAUGUAGAAUUUGGUAAUUAAAAGUCCUCAUGUCUUAUGGUGAUAUGAUCUUUUGAAUCGUAAAGUGUUGGCUUAAUGCAACGGUCUGUGAGUGGUGACGUGUUGGCUUAAUCAUUUUUCUUGAAAGGUUUUGGGGUACUGCUGAACUGUGGAUUACUGGGAAUAUGUUCAUAGCAAAGUUACACUUAAGUUUGAAACCGAGGAAGUACACUAAAAGUGGAAACAACAUUAAAAACU